GAGGUUGCUCAGUGCAGGACGGACAGAAAGCCCAGACUCGGGUCCCUCCUCCUCCUCCUUACACCUCCCUCAGAUUCCUGGCCGUCUCAGAGAAAGACAGGCGGAGCUCACUCACACAGGCCACGCUGUCCCUCAGAGCCCUAUGAGCCACACCCCGUCCCCGCCCGUCCCCGAUCCGCAGCGCUUCAGCUCUGUAGAGGACGUGAUCCGCGCUGAAAUCCUCUCUCCCUACGAGAUCGUGCAGAUCAUCCGGAGGAACCCUGACCUCGGGUUCUUCUACAUGAUGCCUGCGGAUUCCAAAUCGUCCUAUGACCUGAGACUCGUACCGUACGCCGCCUUGAAUAAGACUAAUUACUACACGAUCAGCGCACAUGGCGUGACGCACUACAGUAACGAUGUGGUGGACUUCGUACCGCUGGAGCGCUGGGAGCAGGAAUACCUUUUGUACCAGCAGCUCCUGCUCAUCCCGACCUUCGCUCUCUUCCGCCAGAGGAAAGCUUUCUGUAGGUGGCGCUCCAGCGUGCGCUACAAAACCGUCAGUCUGUGCAAACGCUCCCUGGACAACAGUCUAUUCUUCAUGAACGAGUCUCUCAGACCGGCGCUGAUCAGCAUCAGGGAGAUGUGUUACCGCAUCCAGGACGUCCACCUGUGCAGGAUAGAAAAGCAGAGGACAUACACACUCGAGGAGUUCCAGUGCACUCAGUACGCUCAACUCAGAGAGGUGUCUCAGCGACUGGUGGAAUUUCGAGAGCUGGUGAAGGAGGUGGCGGUGACGGCGUGUUACACGGCUCUGCUGGAGAAAGGGUUCAGACCUGACCACGGCAAAGAUGGAGAUGAAAAUAAGCCGUGUGCUGAUUUGGAGACGUUUCGUAAGGAAAUAUCAGACAAAACAAACUAUGACGAAGAGUUUAACAAGAAACAAGAGUGUGGUCGCCUCACAUGUUUUAUCCGCCUGGCUGAUUAUCUGAUUAUGAGCACCCUGCACAAGUUAACCGUCUACUCCAUUAGCAAGCUGCUGAGUGAACUCCAGGAGCAUCUCACACACACCCCGUCACACACACUCAUACAAAGCUGGGCCAGCGUAAUGCCCACACAGGACACAGGGGACAAGGACAGUGUGUUAGAAGAGAAUGCUGAAGCUUCAGUGUUGCCUCUGUUUAUCACAGAGCUGAUGAUGGACACACACGAGCUCUCCUUCCAGCCAUCAAUUAAAGACUUCCAGGAGGUUAUAUCAGAGAUAGUCUCUCACGUCCAGAAGACAGUCCUGUCUUUGGAGCCUCUAGUGCUAGACUCCGACUUUGACGCCUUCACGCGGCCCAUUAUUAACAAUAAGAUUAAGGAGAAGACCUGUGGUCAUGGUCCAGAUUUACAGGCCACACUGGGAAAUGAUCACCAGCUGCAGGGAAACAUCUGUAGCAUAAAGAAUUCCAUUCAGGUUGCGUUCGAUGCCGCCGAUACGUACGCCCAAAACUUCACCUCAUUCCACCUCUUCUAUAAAGAGAACGAAAGCCUGGACCUGGAUGCCCUUAAAGAGCAGGACCACGAUUUGGCAUUUUUUUUGGAAAGUCUGAGGAAGUAUCAUACCCAGCAUAAGGAGGCCCUGGGCAUUCAGCUGAAGAGACAUCUGGGAAUCCUGUUGGUGGACACAGCUCAACUAAAGAACAAGCUAAUACCAUCUCCGUUGCGCUGCCUGGAGGCCAUUAAUUACCUGCUCCCGGUGUUGGCUAAGAAAAAAAUGGUCGCAGUCAUCACCGAGAUGCAAGAGGCCUCCACAAAACUGGACAUCGUCCCUACGGCUACAACUGAAUACGUCGACUCCCUCACCUUCCUGGAGGACAUCCAGGAUCGGACUGGAUCCCUGGACCAGGAGGCGGAGACAGUAUGUGAGAUGUAUAAGCUGAUUGAAAGCUACUCCGUGCCCACUCCACCAGAAGACCUCGCUUAUUUCAAGACACUCCAACCAUCCAGGUCGGCCAUGAACAACGCCAUCGACAAGGCGCUCGGAGAGAGAGAUGCCAAACUGGCCAAGUUCUGCCAGCACCUGCAGGACGACAUCAAGGAGCUCAACGAUGAGGUGAAGAGAAUCAAACAACAAGCGGAGAACCGGAUACUUCUGGAUAUCGAUGCGAAUCGGGACGAGGUUCAUACGGUGCUGCGAGAGAUCCAGAGCUCCACAGAAAGACUGCAAGAGCAAGCCUUCCGCUAUAAAUCCUACCAGAAGAACUUUAAGGUGGAGGUGACUAAAUAUGACUCUCUGGAGGAGCUGAGUGCUGAUGUAAGGCUGAAACAUUUGCUGUGGGAUUCGAUAGAGGAGUGGGGCAAGUUGCAGAGCAGCUGGAUGCAGAGUAAAUUUAACGAUCUUGACCCAGAGCUCUUAAAUACACAAGUGACUAAGUACGGCAAAUACGUGAACCAGCUGGAGAAAGGGCUUCCCCCUAACAAUGUCGUGCCCCUCCUCAAAACUGGCGUGGAGGCCGUGAGGGAAAAGCUGCCAGUGAUCACUGACUUGCGUAACCCGUGUCUGAAAGAACGGCACUGGAGCAUGUUGGAGAGGAUCGUGGGCGUCAACCUGCUGAAGAAGCCAUUCACUGUCGAUGCCUUGCAAGAGCUCAACGUCUUCAGCUUUGCUACGGAGAUCCAAGAGAUUUCAGGCCAGUCGUCCGGAGAGGCAGCGCUGGAGACGAUGGUCAAAAAGGUGGAGGACAUGUGGAAGGCCACGGAGUUCGUCGUGCUGUUACAUCGCGACUACAAAGACGUGUUUAUUCUCGGAGGCACUGAUGAGAUCCAGGCGAUGUUGGACGACAGCUCCAUCAAUAUGGCCACCGUGGCGUCUUCACGUUACGUGGGUCCCAUAAAGGCCAAAGUGGAUGAGUGGCAGCGCCAGCUCUCCCUGUUCACCCAGACCCUGGAUGAGUGGUUAACGUGUCAAAGGAACUGGCUUUAUCUGGAGAGCAUCUUCACUGCCCCUGAUAUCCAAAGGCAGCUUCCUGCUGAGGCCAAGAUGUUCCUGCAAGUGGACAAAUCCUGGAAAGAAGUCAUGAGGAAGGUUAAUGAAUACCCCAACUCUCUGCGCGCUGCUACUGCUCCAGGGCUUUUGGAGAUCUUUAAGAACAAUAACGCUCUUCUGGACCAGAUUCAGAAAUGUCUGGAGGCCUACUUAGAGUCUAAGAGAGUUGUUUUUCCCAGGUUCUACUUCCUGUCCAAUGACGAGCUGCUGGAGAUCCUGGCGCAGACUCGCAACCCUCAGGCUGUGCAGCCGCACCUCAGGAAGUGCUUCGAUGCCAUCUCGCGGCUCGAGUUCGCCUUGCUGUCGUCCGACGUUCCCGACGAGACUGAGAAACUGUACAGCAACGACAUCCUGGCCAUGAUCUCACCCGAGGGAGAAAAGGUGUCUUUAGGAAAAGGUCUUAAGGCUCGUGGGAAUGUGGAGGACUGGUUGGGGAAGGUGGAGGAGGCCAUGUUCAUCUCUCUCAGACGCCUCAGCAAGGCCUCCAUCACUGACUACCAGAGCAAACCGCGGGUAAAGUGGGUGGUGGCCGGACAUCCGUCACAGGUGGUGCUGACCAUCUCCCAGAUGAUGUGGUGCAGAGACAUGGAGAACUGUCUGGAGGGAGACCACGACCACUUCCAGGCCCUCCAGCAGUUUGAGAUCACAAACGUCGAGAGGCUGAAUGCGCUGGCCGCCCUGGUGCGGGGUAACUUACCCAAAAUUCAUCGCAACAUCAUCACAGCGCUCAUUACCGUGGACGUCCACGCCAGAGACAUCGUCACUGAUCUGGUCAAAGAAAAGGUGGACACGAGCAGUAACUUUGAGUGGCAGAGACAGCUGCGCUACUACUGGGACACGGAUCUGGAUAACUGCGUGGCCAGAAUGGCGCUGUCUCAGUACAUCUACGGAUACGAGUACCUGGGAGCCUGUCCGCGUCUGGUCAUCACCCCGCUUACGGACCGUUGCUACCUGUGUCUGAUGGGGGCGCUACAGCUGGAUCUGGGCGGAGCUCCGGCAGGUCCUGCUGGCACCGGGAAAACCGAGACCACCAAAGACCUGGCCAAAGCCCUGGCCAUCCAGUGUGUGGUCUUUAACUGCUCUGAUGGACUCGAUUACAAGAUGAUGGGGACGUUCUUCAGCGGUCUGGCUCAGUCUGGAGCCUGGUGUUGCUUUGACGAGUUUAACCGCAUUAACAUCGAGGUUCUCUCAGUCAUCGCACAACAGCUCAUCACGAUCAGGAACGCCAAAGCCGCCAAGGUGUCUCGGUUUAUGUUUGAAGGAAGAGAUAUUAAGCUGGUGACGACAUGCGCCGCCUUCAUCACGAUGAACCCGGGCUACGCAGGCAGGACGGAGCUCCCAGACAACCUGAAGGCCCUCUUCAGACCCAUCUCCAUGAUGGUGCCCAACUACGCCCUCAUCGCUGAGGUGAUCUUAUACUCAGAGGGCUUCGAGUCCAGUAAGACUCUGGCGAGGAAGAUGACUCAGAUGUACAAACUGUGCAGCGAGCAGCUCUCCCAGCAGGACCACUACGACUUCGGCAUGAGAGCCGUCAAAUCAGUUCUCGUCAUGGCCGGGUCUCUGAAGAGAGAGAACCCACACCUGAGUGAGGACGUGGUGUUGAUCCGAGCGCUACGAGACUCCAACCUGCCCAAGUUCCUCAAGGACGACGCUGAGCUUUUUGGUGGGAUCCUGUCGGACCUGUUCCCCGGCGUGAGGAUCCCCGAGCACGACUACGGAGUGCUGCAGUUGAGUAUCGAGGAGGCUCUGUGCGCCCGCUCCCUGCAGCCCGUCCACAGCAUGACCGGCAAGGUGAUCCAGCUGUACGAGACCAUGCUGGUGCGGCACGGCGUCAUGCUGGUGGGUCCCACGGGAGGCGGCAAGACCACGGUGUACCUCGUGCUCGCCGACGCGCUCCUGGCCCUCCACCAGACGGAAGGCUGCGAGACGAACCCUUUCUACCAGCCCGUCACGACCUACGUGCUCAACCCGAAGUCGGUGAGCAUGGGCGAGCUGUACGGCGAAGCCAACCCCCUGACGCUGGAGUGGAGGGACGGUCUGAUGGCGCUCUGCGUCCGCGCCGCCUCCAACGACCAGACCGACGUGCACAAGUGGGUGGUGUGCGACGGACCCGUGGACGCGCUGUGGAUCGAGAACAUGAACACCGUGUUGGACGACAACAAGAUGCUGUGUCUGGCUAACAGCGAGCGGAUCAAGCUCACCUCCUCCAUACGCAUGGUGUUCGAGGUUCAGGAUUUAGCCGUCGCCUCUCCAGCUACGGUCAGUCGCUGUGGGAUGGUCUACAUCGACCCAGAGGAGCUGAAGUGGAUGCCGUACGUGCAGACGUGGCUCACAGGCCUCUCGGACAAGGUGGCGGAGCCCGUGCGUACGUACCUGAUGGAGCUCUUCACGCGCUACGUCGAGAAGGGUCUCCAGUUCGUGUUGAAGCAGUGCGUCCAGGCCAUGGCUCAGGUGGACAUCAGCAAAGUCACCACCCUCUGCUGUCUCCUGGAAGCCAUGCUGUUCAGCAAGGACUCCCCUCUACCUACAACAGACCCCGCUCAGGUGAACAGCGUGCUCUGCCAGACGUUCGUCUUCUGCUACCUCUGGGCCGUAGGCGGGAAUCUGACAGACAGCUGCUGGGACACCUUCGACAGCUUCGUCUCGCAGCAGUUCGAGGACAACACCGACGCCAAGCUCCCCACUGGAGGAGAUCUAUGGAGUGUGUAUAUGGACUUCGACAUUAAGCGCCUGGUGACGUGGGAGAGGAUCAUUCCAUCCUUCAAGUACAACAAGGAGAUUCCUUUCUUUGAGAUGUUGGUUCCCACUGUGGACACGGUGCGCUACGGGUACCUGAUGGAGAAACUGCUCUCUGUGGGACACUCUGUACUUUUCACCGGCAUCACCGGAGUAGGAAAGUCCGUGGUGGCUCGCGGUUUGUUGAACAACAUACAGGAGCAGGCAGGGUACGUCCCCGUCUACAUCAACUUCUCAGCCCAGACGUCCUCGGCUAGAACGCAGGAGAUCGUCGAGUCUAAGCUGGAGAAGAAGAGGAAGAAUAUACUAGGUGCUCCUGCUAACAAGCGGGUGGUGGUGUUCGUGGACGAUCUAAACAUGCCCAAGUUGGACACUUACGGCUCGCAGCCUCCGAUAGAGUUACUGAGACAGUUUCAGGAUUUCAAGGGCUUCUAUGACCGCGAGAAGUUCUUCUGGAAGGAGAUUCAGGAUAUGACCAUAGCAGCAGCGUGUGCGCCCCCUGGUGGAGGUCGUAACCCAGUGACGCCUCGUUUUAUCCGUCAUUUCAGCAUGCUCUGUCUCCCGACGCCGUCCGAGCACUGCCUUAAGCAGAUUUUUAAGGCGAUCCUGUGUGGCUUCCUGUCUGAUUUCCCAGCGGCAGUGAAACAGGCUGCAGGCAGCAUCGUGGACGCGGCGGUGGAGAUUUACGGCCGCAUGAGCGUCGAUCUGCUUCCUACUCCGGACAAAUCUCACUACGUCUUCAACCUCCGAGAUCUGUCCAAGUGUGUGCAAGGCAUAUUGCAGUGCGAGCCCGGCACGGUGCAGGAUCACAACCAGAUCUUCCGUCUCUUCUGUCACGAAUGUCAACGCGUGUUUCAUGACCGGCUCAUCAACAACGAGGACAAGACCUACUUCAACACCAUGAUCUGUGAGAUGGCCAAUAAACAUUUCAACAUUAGUCUGGAGCCGAGUUCUCUCACCAAGAAUCCUAUUAUUUUUGGAGAUUUCAUCAAGUUUGGAGCGGAGAAAGCUGACCGCGUCUACGAGGACCUGAUGGACACAGAGAAAAUCCGGAACAUUCUGCAGGACUACCUGGAUGACUACAACAUCUCCUUCUCCAAAGAAACCAAGCUUGUGUUCUUCCAGGACGCCAUCGAACAUGUCACCAGAAUCGCUCGCAUGAUUCGACAAGAGCGCGGUAACGCCCUGUUAGUCGGUGUGGGCGGGACAGGGAAGCAGUCUCUCACGCGAUUGGGCUCUCACAUGUGCGGCUACCGCUGCUUCCAGAUUGAGCUCAGCCGCGGCUACAACUACGACAGUUUCCACGACGACCUGCGUAAACUCUACAAGAUGGCCGGUGUCGAGGGAAAGGACAUGGUGUUCCUCUUCACUGACACUCAGAUUGUAGUGGAGGAGUUCCUGGAGGACAUCAACAACAUGCUGAACUCCGGUGAGGUUCCCAACCUGUUCGAGAAAGACGAGCUCGAGCAGGUGUUGGCAGCGACGCGACCCCGCGCCAAGAAGGCGGGCAUCCCUGAGGGCAACCGGGACGAGGUCUUCCAGUUCUUCAUCUCUCGUGUACGUGAGAAACUGCAUAUUGUGCUGUGUAUGAGUCCAGUGGGCGACGCCUUCCGUUCCCGCUGCCGCAUGUUUCCCUCCCUCGUCAACUGCUGCACCAUCGACUGGUUUAUCCAGUGGCCCCAAGAGGCUCUCUUGUCCGUCUCCCAGACGUUCUUCCAAACAGUGGAAUUUGGCAGCAAGGGCUUGAUGAACUCUUUGUCUAAUAUGUGCGUGGAGAUCCACAUGAGUGUGACGGACAUGGCCGAGCGCUUCUACUCAGAGCUCCGGCGCCGUUAUUACACCACGCCCACUUCUUAUCUGGAGCUCAUUAACCUUUACCUAAGCAUGCUGGGAAAUAAACGGAAGCAGCUGGAGGCGGCACGUGAUCGAGUGAAAAACGGUCUGACAAAGCUGCUGGAGACCAACGAGCUGGUGGACAAGAUGAAGGUGGAGCUGUCGGCCCUGGAGCCCGUGCUGCAGCAGAAAUCUAUCGACGUCGACGCCCUCAUGGGGAAAAUCGCCGUGGACCAGGAGAAAGCUGACCAGGUCCGUAAAGUGGUGCAGGAGGACGAAGCGGUGACGAAGGAGAAAGCCAGGUUCACGCAGGCCAUCGCCAGAGACGCGCAGGAAGACCUGGACAAGGCUCUGCCCGCUCUGGAAAAGGCCAACAAGGCUCUGGAUUCUCUGGACAAGGCCGACAUCGCCGAGCUCCGUGUGUUCACCAAACCGCCUGAUCUCGUCAUGACCGUCAUGGAGGCAGUGUGUAUCCUCCUCAACAACAAGACGGACUGGGCGAGCGCCAAGCAACUCCUCGGCGACGGGAACUUCCUGAGAAAGCUGACCGAUUACGACAAAGACAACAUCCGCCCGCAGCUCCUCCAAAAGCUUCAGCGCUACCUCCAGAACCCUGAUUUCAUCCCUGACAAGGUGGAAAAGGUGUCUAAAGCCUGUAAGUCCAUGUGCAUGUGGGUGAUAGCCAUGGACCUGUACUCCCGCGUGCUCAAAGAAGUCGCUCCUAAACGAGCGAAACUGGCCUCCGCCCAGGCCGAGCUGGACGCUACUACAGCGACCUUAAAGCAGAAGCAGGCCAAGCUGCAGGAGGUGGAGAACCAGGUCGCGGUUCUGCAGAAGCAGUUUAACUCCAGCCUGGAGGAGAGGGAGACCUUGGCUGCAAGCAUGACCCUGACCACGGCACGACUAAGUCGUUCAGGGAAGCUGACUUCGGCGCUGGCUGACGAGCGCGUGCGCUGGCUGGAGAGCAUCUCGCUGUUCGAGCAGGAGAUCAACAACGUGGUCGGGAACGUGUUCAUCGGGGCCGCAUGCGUGGCAUAUUACGGAGCCUUUACUUCAUUCUAUAGACAGCUGCUGAUCGAACAGUGGAUCUCACGCUGUCAGGAGUUGGGGAUCCCUAUCAGCUCCAACUUCAGUCUGAUCGGGAUCCUGGGCGACGCCUAUGAGAUUCGGCAGUGGAACGUGGAAGGUUUGCCCCGAGACAACGUGUCCAUCGAGAACGGCAUCCUGGUGACCCGCGGACGCCGCUGGCCCCUUAUGAUCGAUCCACAAGAUCAGGCUAACCGCUGGAUCCGCACCAAAGAGGCGCAGAACGGCCUGAAGGUCAUCAAGCUGACGGACUCCGGCUUCCUGCGCACCCUCGAGAACGCUAUUCGCCUGGGCACGCCCGUCCUGCUGGAAGAGCUUAAAGAGACUCUGGACCCUGCUUUGGAGCCUGUCCUACUGAAGCAGACGUUCGUCUCCGGUGGCAGGAUGCUGAUCCGUCUGGGAGACUCCGACAUCGACUACGACAAAAACUUCCGCUUUUACAUGACAACCAAGAUGGCCAACCCUCACUACCUCCCUGAGGUUUGCAUCAAAGUGACUAUUAUUAACUUCACGGUGACAAAGUCAGGACUGGAGGAUCAGCUCCUCAGUGACGUGGUGUGUCUGGAGCGUCCCGAUCUGGAGGAGCAGAGAAACGACCUGAUCGUGCGCAUCAACGCCGACCGCAACCAGCUGAAAGACAUCGAGGAGCGAAUCCUCAGGCUGCUGUUCACCUCGCAGGGCAACAUCCUGGACAACGAGGAGCUCAUCAACACGCUGCAGGAGUCAAAGGUGACAUCUGAGGCGAUCAAAUCGCGUCUGGAAGAAGCCGAAGCCACAGAGCUGAUGAUAAACGCGGCCAGAGAGAAAUAUCGUUCCGUGGCCACGCGCGGCUCUGUCAUGUAUUUCGUCAUCGCCAGUCUGUCCGAGAUCGACCCCAUGUACCAGUUCUCAUUAAAGUAUUUCAAACAGCUGUUUAACAGCACCAUCGAGACGUCUCCGAAGCACGGCGAUCUCCUGGUGCGCUUGCAGAUUCUGCUGGACUGCACGCUGCUGAGCUCCUACACCAACGUCUCCCGAGGUCUCUUCGAGCAGCACAAGACCAUCUACAGCUUCAUGUUGUGUGUAGAGAUCAUGAUGCAGAGGGAGGAGAUCUCACCGCAAGAGUGGUUCUGCUUCCUCCGUGGAGCGGGAGGCAUGGACAGGGAGACUCCGGAAAAGCCGAGUGUCCCCUGGUUGUCCGACUCCACGUGGACGACGUGUUGUGACCUGGAGAAAAAGCUGCCCUGCUUUAAAGGCAUUAAAGAUGACAUCGUGUCUGCACCCGUCUGCGUUCAGCUGGGAUCCUUGGAGGUGUCGGUGAACCCAGAGCUGUGGCAUGACGGCGAGACGGACCUCGCCACCACGGAGCCGUCCUCCGACCAGCAGCCUGAGGUCAAAGGUCGCUGGAACGAGUGUCUCGGAGCUUUUCAAAAACUCGUCCUGAUUAAGAGCUUCUGCGAAGAAAAGGUCGUCCUCGCCGUGACCGAGUUCGUCAUCGUCAGCCUGGGCCAGCCGUUUGUAGAGAACCCGCCCGUGGAUCUGGCCACCCUGUACGCGGACAUGUCUCCGUCCACGCCGCUCAUCUUCAUCCUCAGCACCGGGUCCGAUCCCAUGGGGGCGUUCCAGAGAUUCGCCAAGGAGCGAGGAUGCCUGGAGAGAGUGGAGUCCAUCUCUCUGGGUCAGGGUCAAGGCCCGAUAGCGGAGGAGAUGAUCAGCAGAGCUCUGAAGAACGGGAACUGGAUCUUCUUGCAGAACUGCCACCUCGCCGUCUCCUGGAUGCUCAACAUGGAGGAAAUCAUCAAAAAGCUGUCUGAGCCUGGUGUUAAAAUUCAAGAGAACUUCAGGCUGUUCCUCAGCUCCAUGCCUACAGACGUCUUCCCAGUCACCGUGCUCCAAAACUCAGUCAAGGUGACUAACGAGCCGCCGAAGGGCCUCCGCGCCAACGUGCGCCGCGCUUUCACCGAAAUCACCGACGACUUCUUUGAGUCUCACAUCCUGGGUAGGAAGUGGAGGAAGAUCAUCUUCGGGAUGUGUUUCUUCCACGCCAUCGUUCAGGAGAGGAAGAAGUUCGGGCCUCUGGGCUGGAACAUCCGAUACGAGUUUAACGACAGUGACAGGGAGUGCGCUCUCCUCAACCUGAAGCUCUACUGCCAGGCAGGACACAUCCCCUGGGAUGACCUCAUCUACACCACCGGAGAGAUUACAUAUGGAGGAAGAGUAACAGACUCUUGGGAUCAGCGCUGUUUGCGCACUGUUCUCAAACGGUUCUUCGCACCAUUGACUCUGGAGGAAGGGUACAGGUACUCAUCAUCAGGCAUCUACUUCGCUCCGGAGUCCGACAGCCUGAGUGAAUAUAACGGCUACAUCGAGAAUCUCCCGAUCAUCGACGACCCCGAGAUCUUCGGCAUGCACGAGAACGCUAACCUGGCCUUCCAGAGACAGGAGACGUCCACUCUGAUCAACACCAUCCUGGAGUUACAGCCGCGCUCCUCAGCAGCCGCUGGAGGGAAGAGCAAUGACGAGGUGGUGCAAGAACUCGCCGACUCCAUCCUGGGCAAGAUUCCAGAGAAACUCAGUAUGGAUGUUGCUGUAGAAGUCCUGUUUGUUCGAGACGCUAACGGUCGACUGAACUCUCUGACCACUGUGCUGGGACAGGAAGUGGACCGUUUCAACUUCCUGCUGCGGGUGUUACGGAUCUCCCUGGAAACCCUGAAGAAGGCCAUAGGUGGUUUGGUGGUGAUGUCUGAGGAGAUGGAGCGGAUCUACAACAGCUUCCUGAACAACCAGGUGCCAGAGUACUGGGCCAACGCUGCGUACCCGUCCCUAAAGCCUCUGGGCAGCUGGGUCCGAGACCUGGCACUGCGCACGUCCUUCAUAUCCAGCUGGAUAACCAGAGGUCAGCCCAAGUCUUUCUGGGUCUCAGGGUUCUUCUUCCCUCAGGGUUUUCUGACGGGCGCGCUGCAGAACCACGCCCGCAAGUACAACCUGCCCAUCGAUGAGCUCAACUUCCGCUUUAACGUCAUCCCGGUUUACCGAGACCAGGCCGCCAUCGCUGAAGCCCUGAAGAACAUCGCACCAGAAGCAGAACUCGAUCAGGACAAGACGCUCCCUAGCAUAGAGGACGGAGUGUUAGUCCACGGAAUGUUCAUGGACGCGUGUCGCUGGGACGAUGAGGACAUGGUGAUCGAGGAUGCGUUGCCGCGGGUGAUGAACCCAAUGCUGCCCGUGGUGCAGUUCGAGCCUCAGCAGAACUACGUUCCUGAUCCGUCACUGUACCAGGCACCGCUGUAUAAAACCUCCGCCAGAGCCGGAACUCUGUCCACUACAGGACACUCCACUAACUUUGUGGUGACAGUGAUGCUUCCAUCCAACAGGCCGAGCGACUACUGGAUCUCCAAAGCCUCCGCGCUGCUGUGCCAACUUAAUGAAGAUUAAAGAAGAAACAGAACUAAGAGAGCGGAGACAGAAUGUCUGCGGCCCAUCAGAGUGGACUGAACCGAGAGGAGGCAGGCAGAGUGCCAGAAAUUCAGUGGAGGAGUUCUCUCCCAUAGGAACCAGAACUGCUGGGAUUGUGCCUCGUAUUAACAGGAUCCGAAGUCCUACAGUGUGAUCCUGAUACCUUGGUCUUGCUCCUCAUCAUAAUGCUGAGAUUUUGGUAGGUGUGGAAAAAAGAUCUAGUGACAGAAAGGGUUGGUGUCCUUAGCCAUGGCCAAUUACAGUAAGUGUGGGAGAGUGUGGCUCAUCUUUCUUCUCAGCAUUAGCACUGUCCUCUGACACUUGGGCCAGGUUCGCAAGUAGAAGGUCUGGGCACUGCUUCCAGGGCUGUCGUAGUCGGUGGCUUCAAGGCCUCCUGGUUUGAUUGGGGACCUGUCCAAUGCUUGACAGGAAACCGGGCCAAUCACGUCCUACGACCAAAGAAACUGGUGAUGGCAAGAGAGCUAUUCUGUCAUGAACUUAGCAAGACAACCUACAACCAAGCUAAAGAAAUUAUACUUCCUGUAUCUAGGAGAAAGAGAGAGAGAGGGUAGUGCAGGCACUGGUUGAAAGUCCAGCCAGUGACUAGAGAUGUGUGCAGCAGGUCAUCUAACUGGCUUCUCGGAGGGGAAACACUUCUGACACACAACCUAAACUACUGUAUGAAGGUACAUGACAGUAAGUAAACAACUUAUCUCUGUGUGCAUGUUGGUGUGUCUCAAGAUCAAGGAGAAGACCUGUGGUCAUGGUCCAGAUUUACAGACCACACUGGGAGCUGCAGAACAACAUCUGUAGUAUCAAGGUUCUCGAUGUUCCUACAGGACACUCCACUAACGCUGUGCAACAAGCCGAUCGAUUACCGGAUCUCCAAAGCCUCUGCGCUGCUGUGCCAACUCAAGUGGCGAGCGACACCUGCACACACUCCUUCCUUCAUCCUUACUGUACUCUUCAUUUAGUGGCUACAACAGCAAAACUCAUAAACAGAACUGAAUAAAUAAAUUCUUACUCUUAGAAAAAAAAAAAGCCACGCUGACUCGCACUACUUUUUGACAUCUUUAUUGAGGGUUCGUUUCACAUCUAGAUUUUGUAAUAAAGUGUCUGUUAGUCAGCACAAAAAAUCUGCACCUGUUAGAAAGCACAAAAGGACAGCAUGAAAAGUCGAGCACAAAAAGAAACUACAACCACAGUGCUGUUUUUAUACACAUAUAUACUGUAAGUACUUCUCACAAUACAGAAAUAUAUCAGAUUGAUCAGAUCAGAUCAGUUACACCAAAAUCACCUUUCUGAAUUAAAUCCCCUAGCGCUUCAGCAAACCUGCUGAGAUCUGCACUUAUCCACAGCGUGCACACUGAGUAGUAGAAGGUAAAAGCAGGUAAUGAACACGAUGGAGAACAGAAGGGGAAAGGAGAUUUUACAACAUAAAAGCAUCAUCCCGCAGGAGGUUCCUGCAGAGCUGCAUACGAAGAAGUGGUGAUAAACGUUUGAAAAGGUGCAGAUACGGAUGAUCUUGAGAUUAAUGCGAAGAGUGACAGAGUGAAAAUCUCAAAAGUUAAAUGAACUGUACUACUAACUUUGGUAACACUCAGAAAAGCCUAAGUUAAACUUGUUCAUGUCCCAUAAAGCCCCAAUUUCAUGAGUUUCGAUAUUCUCAGUAAGCAAAUGAAUCCCCAAAUGAUUUCUUUUUUCCAAUAAUAGACUGCUAAAAUAAUUUCUCAAGUAAUCCAUCAAAAGAAUUCCUGAAUUCUCAAACACUCAAGUGAUUCCUCAUAUAAUUCAUUAAAUGAUUCCUCACAUUCUCAAUGAUCUAAUGAUUUAUUAAAUGAUUCCUUAUGCAGUGAUCAAAUGCUCAAAUGAAUAGUUAAAUAAUUCCUUUUCUCAAUGAGCAAGUGAU